AUGCCAUCACCUGAGAAGAUUGUGCACUUCCUGUCCAGUGCAGUGUUAAGUGUAAUCGGUGUGGCCAUCCUUGGGUAUGGGAUGUCAGCAAAUUGGAUGUCCUUAACUAUGGUCUGCGCAGCUGAAGGUAGUGAUUUCUUCAAUGGGUCUAUGAAAAUUUACAUGGGCUUGUUCGAAGGCAAAGUGAUCCCAGUUUCCUGUCCUCGGUUUGACUCUGACCAAAAAGAUAUUGGAGUGUUUAAAACGAUGGAGAAAGUAGAGGGCGCUGGAUUUGGCUUACAUGCCGUGGUCGUUGUUGCGUUGGCCAUUGCUUUGGUGGGGUCUGCAGCUAGCAUUCUCAUCACUCUCUACAACGCCAUCAGUAACCCAUAUGAAACCUACAUGGGUCCCAUUGGACUGUAUGCCUGCAGUGGAUUAAGUGCAUGCUUGGCGUUUUUGGCAAUGAUCCUGUACUUGAUAAAUCUGUUUGGGAUCAGCAUAGCAAAGAAGAUGCUGCUUGUAGACUUGAAUGCGAUUCUGAAGGAUGGGAAAAUUACAUUCCUGGUCGGCUUUUUUAUGAUUGUGCCAUACAUUAUUGUGAACCUGUUUGCCAUACUCCUGGUGUAUCUGUACGCACACAUGGCCUACAGACAACGCCAAGAACAGCAGAAGCCCACAGAGGAUGCACCUAAAGAGAUUCUGAUGUACUAA